CAGAGGUUCCUCAGUGUACAAUCAGUAAUCAGUUUCCUGAGUGUCCUCAGGACAAACAAAGAACCAAAGGACACUUUGGCAAGUGCAAAAUUGUCCAUGACGAAGACGGUGGUUGAGACUUUUCAGCUGGUGGAGCAGAUCUUGUCGGAAUUCCGGCUACAGGAAGAAGAUCUGAAGAAAGUCAUGUAUCGGAUGCAGAGGGAAAUGGACCGAGGGCUAAAGCUGGAGACCCACGAAGAGGCUUCUGUGAAGAUGCUGCCCACCUAUGUGCGCUCUACCCCCGAGGGCUCAGAAGUUGGAGACUUCCUAUCUUUGGAUCUUGGGGGCACCAAUUUCCGAGUGAUGUUGGUAAAAGUGGGAGAAGGUGAAGAUGGGGAAUGGAGUGUGAACACAAAGCACCAAAUGUAUUCCAUCCCGGAAGAUGCCAUGACAGGAACAGCUGAAAUGCUCUUUGACUACAUCUCAGAAUGCAUCUCUGACUUCCUAGAUAAACACCAGAUGAAGCACAAAAAGCUACCUCUGGGCUUUACGUUUUCCUUCCCGGUGAGGCAUGAGGACCUUGACAAGGGGAUCCUGCUGAAUUGGACUAAAGGCUUCAAAGCAUCAGGAGCUGAAGGGAACAACAUUGUGGGGUUGCUGAGAGAUGCUAUCAAACGACGGGGGGACUUUGAGAUGGACGUGGUAGCAAUGGUCAAUGACACAGUGGCAACCAUGGUGUCCUGCUAUUAUGAAGAUCAUCAAUGUGAAGUGGGCAUGAUCGUAGGCACCGGUUGUAAUGCUUGCUACAUGGAAGAGUUGCAGAAUGUAGAGCUGGUGGAAGGGGACGAGGGCCGGAUGUGCGUAAACACGGAAUGGGGAGCUUUUGGAGCAUCUGGAGAGCUGGAUGAGUUCCUUUUGGAAUAUGAUCGAGUGGUGGACGAGACCUCCCUUAACCCCGGUCAGCAGCUGUAUGAGAAGAUCAUAGGUGGGAAGUACAUGGGAGAGAUUGUGCGGUUAGUGCUGCUAAAACUGGUCAAUGAAAAUUUGCUCUUCAAUGGAGAAACUUCAGAGAAGCUCAAAACCAGAGGAUCCUUUGAAACUCGUUUUAUCUCACAGAUUGAAAGUGACCCUGGAGAUCGCAAGCAGAUCUACAACAUCCUGACUUCCUUUGGGCUGAGGUCUUCAGUAACGGACUGUGACAUUGUUCGUAUGGUGUGCGAGAGCGUUUCCACACGGGCCGCGAAGAUGUGUUCAGCUGGACUGGCUGGUGUCAUUAAUCGUAUGAGGAAGAGUAGGAGUGAGGAGACAUUGAAGAUCACAGUGGGUGUUGAUGGCUCUGUCUACAAGCUCCACCCCAGCUUCAAAGAUCGGUUCCAUGCAACCGUCAGACAACUUACACCUGGCUGUGACAUCUCUUUCCUGCAGUCAGAGGAAGGCAGCGGGAGGGGAGCGGCUCUCAUCUCUGCUGUUGCGUGUAAAAUGGCCUGUAUGAUGGGCCAGUGAAGAAUCGCUGGCAAAGGACCAUUGAAAGGGAAGCCAAUCCACUUGGACAGUGCCUCCGUCUGGUGUCAGGCUGAGAGGAGAAACAGCAGAGGGAAGGUUUCUCUCAGUGGGCGGGGGGAGAUAGAGUGAUACUGGGCUCCUCCAAAGCCCCCCUAACCUCUACCUGUAGACAACACAGCAACCAAGCCAAUUGCAGCCUCUCCUUUCUGUUCUUAAAAAUUUCUCCACUAUUGCAAGGUCUGGAGUUUCCGAGUAUGCAAUAAACAAUUUCACAUAGUCUGAGUGUAGGGUGGGGUUGAUGGCUGAGAAGGGAAUGAACAUGCCCCCCCUUUUUCUGGUAUGCUCAAAAAGAAGGAUUCUGAGCUAAACUAUAUCCAGUUGGCUCGAUCAAUUAGAUGCUAUUUCUCCCUCAACAAAUCAGGUUCUGGGGGAAUUCAUAUUUUGUGCCUAUCAGUAAUUGUUGGCAGAAUGAUCAGCUGUGGCAGGGAAGGACUCUGAGCAGACUUCCUUAAUUUCCUUCUAGUUUCCAGGAUUUUGAUGUUUUCACCAGCUAUUCCUUAAAUUCUUUCGGUGAACGUAAGUCCACUCCAAACAUCCUCUCAAGCAAAAGCUGAUAUGGUUCACCUCUGAUAAAUGCCAAACUCUCUAAAUUUUGGUACCCCACACAAAACAAAGCUUACAUCUUCGUUUACAUAUUGCCUCCUAUUCAAUUGGUCAAUCAGGACAAUCUAUAGAUUGUGUAAGAAUCGAUUCUCAUUAGUAAUAUGGUCUCGGACUAGGGAGCAGGCAAAAAGCAUGAAACUGUUAGCUAGAGCAGUAAUCCCCAACAUGCUGGCAGAGGGUACAACGGAGCCUGCCAAUGUGUUUUGUGGCACCCACAUUCUUCUUUCCCAAAGCAAAGAACCAGUCCUGGCUUAUCUCCAUCUCAGUGGAGCAGGUAAUGCUUCAGAAGAGCUCAGGAGGCAUAAUCCGAUUUGUCUAUAGAGAGUACCCAUUUGUAACAGAUAUCUCCCACAUAGGAGGGCACUAAUCAUAGAACAUCCCAAUAUUUUAUGACUGGCCCAGCUCCCAUGGCAGCCAUUUUGUGGUUGGCUGCAUGCCCCCCCUCCCCCAGCAGCAGUGUUCUCAAAGUUCCAAGUGUGUCCCCAGGCUCAACAAGGUUGGGGGUCCCUGACCUAGAUCUGCUGGACAUUCUUCACUCUUGCUUGAUUCCACAUCAGUUUUUUUAAUGCUAGAAGAUGGGAAAUACACCACAGAGCUCCCUGAAGAAAUCCAAUUUCUGAUCUCAGUCAGUAGACCUAAGAAGAGCCACCAAAGACUGGUCCAUGUGUUAAACAGUGAGAUAAUGAAAAGGGGCCUCUUCACUGUGGCAAACAACUUCUCUGUGGUAAGGAGAAUGGAGUGCAUUUAUCUUCCUAGGAGGCUCACACACAUCUGGACUCUGGAGUGCUCUGUGGCCCCAUCAUUUCUCUGCAUACAGAUCACACAAUAAUAAAUCACAUGACCUGCAUAACGCGUGAAUGUGUCGCUGUUAUUAGAGCCCCAAGUGGUGACUGAAUCCUGCCAUUUCGAGAUGGGGUGUAUACUGAGUGAAUUUGGUUCUCCUGAGAAGGAUAUGUUGUCCUUAAAAGGCUGAGUGGAAGGUGAUUUUGAGGAUGCUCCGCACUGAGGCCUCGGAAAAGAUGUCUCCUUUCUGAUGUUGCAUUUCUACAGGCUUUUCAGAUAACAUAGCUCAAAAAUUAUUACUUGUUUACUUUGGUUGAUUCAAAUGCCUUUCUGAAGACAGUGCUUCUGUUGCAGGGAAGCUGUAUUUCCUAGCAGUUGUGCCAUAAUAUUUUGCCGUUAGCGAGUGUAUCCAUUGCUAUAGCAAGUGUCAUGUGGAAUGUGGUUGCCCAAGUGUCACUGGCACCUAUUGGACAAUGCCUGUGAUAUCAUCAGUGAGGAGCAACACGACCCUUAUGCCCUGUGAUCUUUUAUCAUAGGCCUAAUUUCUUGUUUAUUAUAUUUUUGAAUUUUUAGAAGCUGAGCAUUCCUUCUGCUCUACCCCAAUCAAGUGUGGAGGCUCUAAAAACUAAUGGGAGCAACAUUUAGUAAGUUUGCUUACACCCAUGCCUAAUUUACUUUUAAUUUUUAAAAAUUUUGUUUAUUCCUUUGAAAGGUGUGUCACUGAAGUACUCGUUUUGAAUUAUUUAAAGAAAAAGACACAACAAGGCAAGGUUUGCCAACCUCCAGAUGGGGGCUGGAGUUACAGAGGUCAGCCCCCCGGGAGAACACAGCAGCUUCAAAGGACAGACUCUACAGUAAGCCAUCCAGUUUAGGAGAAAUGGAAGUCCCUCCUCAGGUAAUGCCCCCAAAUUUCCCAAGCCAGAGUUGGCAAACCUAAACAAGGCAGUUCCCCUUGUAGCAAGGCUGUCUAGCAUCCAUUUAUAUCUGGACUGGCCCAAUUGUGUUUGAAUCAGGAACAACAGAAGACAAAAAAAGCAGUUGCAAUGCAGUUAUCAUUGGACUAAAUCAUAAAGAAUUUCCUUGGGCUACAUAUGCAGCAAAAUAAGCUUGUAGACUGUUAGAUGGUAGAAUGCACUGUGCCAUACUGCAAGGAGAAGAUGCAUGAAUGUUCCCUCUUGUUUUAAACCCUCAGCAAUUUUUUUUAAAAAACCCUAAGAAACUAGCACAUUCAGGGAGAAAAGUUCUACCUGACCCUCUUCCUGCUCUGCUAGUUUUCUAGUUGCAGGGAGGUGGGUUUUUUUGAACAUUGAAUAGAAACAAACACACCCCAUUACAGUUUGAAGUGAUCGAGGCCACUUUGCCAUCUCAUGACUCUGCCAACUCAUUCCCAUUGCAUUUUACUCUAGCUACAGUGGCGCACACUUGAGUUUAGAAUAGAUCCGUACAAGCAUUGACCUUUUUCUGACAUUGGAUUUUGGCACUUCAACAGCAUGUCACACAAGUGCACAGUACACAUGAUCCUCCAAAUGUGCAUGGUUGUCAUUGUAUGAAUGAAGCAGCACGUGGCUUUUCCAUGCAUGUCCAGCUUCAGUAUGCACAAGUGGAGAUUUUUAGGGAACUCCUCUGCAUGCCAAAAAAAGUCAUGCUGUAUCCUAGUCCAACAAAAUGGUGACUGCAGGUAUUUGGAGUACUUCUCAUGUAUACUCCUGUUACAUGCAAUUGAAAUGCCAAAACUAAAUAUCUGAAAAAAGCUUAGGAAAGGGUCCCAUACCUGUCUAUUUCCCAGCAAUGUGAUGCAUACGUAGCAAAAUGGUGGAAGGUGACGUUUGCACACAAAAAAAGUGCACAGUUCUGUUUGUAAAAUGUAACAUCUGCCUCGUGACAAGUUUCAUCUUUCAGAAUCCUGAUUUCAGGUCAUAGUGUUAUUUGACUGACAUCCUUCCUACUGCAAUAAUGUCUUUUUUCUCCGUCUCCUGCCAUCCUGCGGGAUCAUUUUGUAUUAAAAAAUAUUAAGAAUAAAAAAACU